CAUCAUAUCAGAUAACCAAAAUAGACAGAAAGAAAUAAAAGAAACGUUUCCUGCUUCCACUCUUUUGUUUAUCUCAGUACUUGUAGUUAACGGUUGGUGUUGGUCUUGUUUUGAGUGACGUAAGCAAUGAGUGAGCAUUUAGUUGAUCUGCACACAUUUAAUACCUCACUUGACAGCUGUGCACCUGUAGGGAAGACUGACGGACACACACAGAGAUACUCCUGUAACUGAUCAGGGGUGUCAAAGUGUGAAAAUGAGGCACUUUCAGCUUUGUCUUGUCCUUUUUGGAUUUGGCUUUAUCACAGUGACAAACAGCCAGUAUACGGAUGCCACACUAAAUAGCACUCUUAGCUGUUCAGGGAUUCCCCUCACAGAUGCCAGCAAUCUCAAGGGAUUCACAGAUGCCACCUUUGAUUUGUACACUGCACUGAGAUCCAAAGUUUCAGUGAGUCCCAAUGUCAGCAGCGUGAUUGACACCAUCAGGGCUGGAUCUCAAAUGUCGGUUUUGUUAAAUGAUUUGACUAAUGCAACGACUUAUUUCAACCUGAAGUUGAAUCCAUACCUCCCAUCGUCGUUGCCCAAAGAGACCCUCCUCUGUCUGAGUCAAAGCAGCCUAAGCUGCGAUACCUUUCAAUUUUUUGUAAGAAAUUUUGAUACGUCAACUAGCCCUGAAAGGAAAAAGAUGGUAUAUCAGAACUUCAUAAAAUCUUUCCUGACAAGAAACGAUAUUGACGUUCGCUGCAGCAACACAUCGGAUCAGGAAUGGCUUUUGCAAAACUUCCACAAUUUUUCCACUUUCGCAACAUAUGAAGAUUUUCUAACUUUGAAGCCAGAUUUUAAUGGGGUGAAUGUCGUAACACAGCUCACCCCAGAGCAGAGAGCCGAGUUGACAUUUAAUCUUCUAGCAUCUGGUACUUUAAACAAUGACACUGCCUAUGCGAUAUUCAGCAGUUUCCUGAUUGAUCUCCAGGGCGUAACACUUAACCUAACCAUCGGAAAUUCAGAUGGACUUAGUAAGAAUCUCACAGACUUUCUGGUUUUACUGAAACCAUUUGGAAGAUUCGUCAAAUCAUCAGUGAAUAAAAUUAUAAAUACACCCAGUCUGAGUAGCAAUGUAACACAGCUGUUGAACUUGACGCUGAACUAUCUUCAUCUAAGCGUGUCUGUGGAUAGCAUAUUAACUGCUAUGAACAGCACCAGUAUUACUGACUGGACACAGAAUAUCAUUAUUCCUGUGGUGCAAAUGUAUCUGGCAAGUGGCCAGACUUUACCAAGCAUAACCUCAGACAUAAACAGCAUUGUCCUUGCCACGGACCCUCCGCUCACAGAUCCUGCUGCAAUCUGCACAGUGCCCAGCAGUAUCAGCACUUGUCGUACUGCAGAACAGUUCGCCAAAGCACUGAACUGUUUUGCUAAUUCAAAUUUAAUUGUAUCUGAGGACAACCUGCGACUUCUGAUCGCCGGACUGAACAACAAAGUGCUGACAGCGGCCAGUCAGUCCACCGGGAACUCGAGCAGCCUUUCAGCUUUAUAUGGAGAACUUCCAGCUGACAGCUUUUCACCUGAAAAUCUUGUUGAUGUGGAUUUCGUGAACUUUUGGUUUCAAAUCAAGAUGAUACCCUUACUACCCACCGUCUCGGGAGAAUACCUGUCUUGCUUGAGCACACGAGAGUUCAGCUGUCAGGUCUACAGGCAACUUGUUGCUGGUUUAAGUAACAAUAGUGCACUGAUGGGCAAUCCGACCCAAAGGCUGGUCUACAAUAACCUUAUCCGUCCAUUCCUGACAAGAAGACUAAACACAAGUGGUGACUGCACACUCAACAACAGUGUGGACUUCAUUCUGCAGAAUUUUGGGAGCUUCUCCGCUUUUGCACAGCUUCAAGAUUUCUACAAUUUAAGCCUAUAUUUCUCAGCACUGGAUGCUAUUCCUGCUCUCUCAGUGGAUCAACUAAGUCAACUUGUGUUCACACCUCCUGCUGGUGUAGGAGACAGAAAUGAAGUCCUCAGAAGAGUCUUUGACUUCCUUCUUCAACCAUCUAACAGAGACAAACUCAACAACUUCCUGCCUUUUCUUCAGACACAAGCCCGCCUGACAAACUUCAGUUGUGAAAAUUACAGAACCAUCUUUGACAGAAUAGAUCAGACUUUAUCAUCAGUCCUUCCUAACCAGACUGACGCUCUGCUGACUAUUAGAGAUUCAAUAAUGAUGAUUCCUCCUGAUGAUUGCAUAUUGAGAGCCAGUCAAUGUGCAGUAACUCCUGUAAAUGAAGCUGUCAUCUGUGCAAGUGUCAACAGCUCUGCUUUGAGUCAGUUCUUGAAUACAGUAACUGUGAAUGCAACAGGAUCACUAAAUGUUUGCAACUUCAGCGUCCAGCAGUUUGCCUGUCUGCCAACGGUUUCAAGGUUGAACCCUCAACAAGUUGCUGAUCUGUUGGCGUGUUCACUGUCCAGUAAUGUGACUAAAGACACCUGGAAACUUUUCUUCAGCAAACUCGGCACACAACUUGAUGAUGCACUGCAGAGAUUCACUAACACGACUCAAAUUCCCAGAAACGUCUCCUUGUCCAGUGUUAUGGAUGUGAUCGUUGAGGUCCGGAUUGAUCGCUUGAGUCCUCAGAGACUGAGAGAUCCUGCCUUCGUUGACACAUGGAUGCAGGGGAAACUAAGACCCUUCUUACCAUCACUAUCUCAAGGAGCUCUGUCCUGUAUCAUUACCAAAAACUUCAGUUGUGAAAGUUAUCGUGCUAUUUUUAUGGCGCUAAAUAAUAAUAAUACUGGACCGAUGGGCAAUCCGACUCAAGAGCUGAUCUACACAAACUUCAUUCGUCCAUUCCUGACACAAAGACUGAACUCAGGUGGUGACUGCACAUUGCCAUUUAACAACAGUUUGGACUUCAUCCUGCAGAACUUUGGGGUUUUCUCUCCUUUUGCACAACUUCAAGAUUACUACAAUUUAAGCAGCAGUUUCUCAGCCCUGGAUGCUCUUUCUGUUCUCACACCGAUGCAACUGAAUGAUUUGGUGUUCACACCUCCUGCUAGAGCGGGAGACAGAAAUGAAGUCCUCAGAAGAGUCUUUGACUUCCUUCUUCAACCAUCUAACAGAGACAAACUCAUCAACUUCCUGCCUUCUCUUCAGAAACAAGCCCGCCCGACAAACUUCAGUUGUGAAAAUUACAGAAACAUCUUUGACAGAAUAGAUCAGACUUUAUCAUCACUCCUUCCUAACCAGACUGACGCUCUGCUGACUAUUAGAGAUUCAAUAAUGAUGAUUCCUCCUGAUGAGUGCAUAUUGAGAGCCAGUCAAUGUGCAGUAAUUCCUGUAAAUGAAACUGUCAUCUGUGCAAGUGUCAACAGCUCUGCUUUGAGUCAGUUCUUGAAUACAGUAACUGUGAAUGCAGCAGGAUCACUAAAUGUUUGCAACUUCAGCGUCCAGCAGUUUGCCUGUCUGCCAACGGUUUCAAGGUUGAGCACUCAACAAGUUGCUGAUCUGUUGGCGUGUUCACUGUCCAGUAAUGUGACAAAAGACACCUGGAAACUUUUCUUCAGCAAACUCGGCACACAACUUGAUGAUGCACUGCAGAGAUUCACUAACACGACUCAAAUUCCCAGAAACGUCUCCUUGUCCAGUGUUAUGGAUGUGAUCGUUGAGGUCCGGAUUGAUCGCUUGAGUCCUCAGAGACUGAGAGAUCCUGCCUUCAUUGACACAUGGAUGCAGGGGAAACUAAGACCCUUCUUACCAUCACUAUCUCAAGGAGCUCUGUCCUGUAUCACUACCAAAAACUUCAGCUGUGAAAGUUAUCGUGCUAUUUUUAUGGCGCUAAAUAAUAAUAAUACUGGACCGAUGGGCAAUCCGACUCAACGGCUGAUCUACACAAACUUCAUUCGUCCAUUCCUGACACAAAGACUGAACUCAGGUGGUGACUGCACAUUGCCAUUUAACAACAGUUUGGACUUCAUCCUGCAGAACUUUGGGAUUUUCUCUCCGUUAGCACAACUUCAAGAUUUCUACAAUUUAAGCAGCAAUUUCUCAGCCCUGGAUGCUCUUUCUGUUCUCACACCGAUGCAACUGAAUGAUUUGGUGUUCACACCUCCUGCUAGAGUAGGAGACAGAAAUGAAGUCCUCAGAAGAGUCUUUGACUUCCUUCUUCAACCAUCUAACAGAGACAAACUCAUCAACUUCCUGCCUCCUCUUCAGACACAAGCACGCCCGUCAAACUUCAGUUGUGAAAAUUACAGAAACAUCUUUGACAGAAUAGAUCAGACUUUAUCAUCAGUCCUUCCUAACCAGACUGACGCUCUGCUAACUAUUAGAGAUUCAAUAAUGAUGAUUCCUCCUGAUGAGUGCAUAUUGAGAGCUAGUCAAUGUGCAGUAACUCCUGUAAAUGAAACUGUCAUCUGUGCAAGUGUCAACAGCUCUGCUUUGAGUCAGUUCUUGAAUACAGUAACUGUGAAUGCAACAGGAUCACUAAAUGUUUGCAACUUCAGCGUCCAGCAGUUUGCCUGUCUGCCAACGAUUUCAAGGUUGAACCCUCAACAAGUUGCUGAUCUGUUGGCGUGUUCACUGUCCACUAAUGUGACAAAAGACACCUGGAAACUUUUCUUCAGCAAACUCGGCACACAACUUGAUGAUGCACUGCAGAGAUUCACUAACACGUCUCAGAGUCCCAGCCACGUCUCCUUGUCCAGUGUUAUGGAUGUGAUCGUUGAGGUCCGGAUUGAUCGCUUGAGUCCUCAGAGACUGAGAGAUCCUGCCUUCGUUGACACAUGGAUGCAGGGGAAACUAAGACCCUUCUUACCAUCACUAUCUCAAGCAGCUCUGUCCUGUAUCACUACCAAAAACUUCAGCUGUGAAAGUUAUCGUGCUAUUUUUAUGGCGCUAAAUAAUAAUAAUACUGGACCGAUGGGCAAUCCGACUCAAGGGCUGAUUUACACAAACUUCAUUCAUCCAUUCCUGACACAAAGACUGAACUCAGGUGGUGACUGCACAUUGCCAUUUAACAACAGUUUGGACUUCAUCCUGCAGAACUUUGGGAUUUUCUCUCCUUUUGCACAACUUCAAGAUUUCUACAAUUUAAGCAGCAGUUUCUCAGCCCUGGAUGCUCUUUCUGUUCUCACACCGAUGCAACUGAAUGAUUUGGUGUUCACACCUCCUGCUAGAGCGGGAGACAGAAACGAAAUCCUCAGAAGAGUCUUUGACUUCCUUCUUCAACCAUCUAACAGAGACAAACUCAUCAACUUCCUGCCUUCUCUUCAGACACAAGCACGCCCGUCAAACUUCAGUUGUGACAAUUACAGAAACAUCUUUGACAGAAUAGAUCAGACUUUAUUAUCAGUCCUUCCUAACCAGAUUGACGCUCUGCUAACUAUUAGAGAUUCAAUAAUGAUGAUUCCUCCUGAUGAGUGCAUAUUGAGAGCCAGUCAAUGUGCAGUAACUCCUGUAAAUGAAGCUGUCAUCUGUUCAAGUGUCAACAGCUCUGCUUUGAGUCAGUUCUUGAAUACAGUAACUGUGAAUGCAACAGGAUCACUAAAUGUUUGCAACUUCAGCGUCCAGCAGUUUGCCUGUCUGCCAACGGUUUCAAGGUUGAACCCUCAACAAGUUGCUGAUCUGUUGGCGUGUUCACUGUCCAGUAAUGUGACAAAAGACACCUGGAAACUUUUCUUCAGCAAACUCGGCACACAACUUGAUGAUGCACUGCAGAGAUUCACUAACACGACUCAAAUUCCCAGAAACGUCUCCUUGUCCAGUGUUAUGGAUGUGAUCGUUGAGGUCCGGAUUGAUCGCUUGAGUCCUCAGAGACUGAGAGAUCCUGCCUUCGUUGACACAUGGAUGCAGGGGAAACUAAGACCCUUCUUACCAUCACUAUCUCAAGGAGCUCUGUCCUGUCUCAGCACCAAAAACUUCAGCUGUGAAAGUUAUCGUGCCGUGUAA